CAAAAUAUAAAAAAAAACUAAAACUAACAAAAAAGAAAAAACAAAUUAAAAAAUGGGUUGUUGUGCAUCAGAUGUCUAAAAAGGUUUAGGUACUACCGAAGUUCCUGACAAAGUAGUAACUAAUGAAGAUUAUGAUAGAAACGAGAAUUAAUAACAAUUAGGUAGAAACAUGAAUGUUCAUCAUUAAAAUAAUGAAGAUUUUACAGAUUUAAAGCCGACCGAUGAUCAUUAAAAUACAAAAGAAAACACGUCUACUGCAAUAAACAUGCACAAACCAAAUAGUAAGUUUGCCGAACCAAUAGACCACGAACCUGACUACACAAAUAAUGCUACAAAAUACACAUUGGAAAAAUUAGGACCUUUCGUCUAUGAUGCACACUAAUACAGUGAUGACGAAGCUGUUUUAUUGCCUCCUUAUUAACUUGAAAACGGGUCUGUUUAUAUCGGAUAAUGGAAAAAUGGUAUGAGACAUGGGCGAGGAAAAUAACUUUGGAAAGAUGGAUCUGUUUAUGAAGGUUAUUGGAAAAAUAAUAUGGCUCAUGGAAAAGGAAGGCUUAUUCAUUCUGAUGCUGAUGUCUAUGAAGGAGAAUGGUAAAAGGAUAAAGCUGACGGUUUUGGAACUUAUACUCAUGCUGAUGGCGCUAAAUAUAUUGGUAGAUGGGUUGAUGAUAAAUAAGAAGGAUAAGGAAUUGAAAUUUGGCCUGAUGGUGCUAAAUAUGAAGGAUAAUAUGUUUAAGGCAAAAAAUAAGGAAAAGGUAAAUUUUUUUGGACUGAUGGAUCUUAGUAUGAAGGUGAAUUUUAAAAUAACAACAUACAUGGAUAUGGUACUUAUACUUGGGCUGAUGGAAGAAAUUUCAAAGGAGAAUGGAAAAAUAACAAAAUGGAUGGAGAGGGUGAAUUUAGAUGGCCUGAUGAAAGAAGAUAUAUUGGACAUUACGUUGAAGAUAAAAAGCAUGGUUAUGGCGAAUUUGAAUGGCCAGAUGGAAGAAAAUAUAAAGGAUAAUGGUAAAAUGGCAAAUAACAUGGUGAAGGUAUUUAUAUUAAUGCUUAAGGAAAAUAAAAAACAGGAGAAUGGGCUGAUGGUAAAAGAAUUAGAUGGAUUAAUGAAGAAGAAGAUUAAUGAAAUAUAUUAAAUUUUUAACUAAGGCAUAUAUUAAAUAUUAUAUUUUUUAAUAAAAUAUUGUAUUGAAAUUAGUUUU